AUGGCUCAAAUCGGCAAUACAAGUCAAAUAUUAGUAGAUACUACAAAUGUUUUUACAACUGAUCAAAAAUUUGCUACACCGGAUGCUGUUCUCACAUGGGCUCGAGAUGUUGGAGAUGCCAAGAAAGUCAGUAUUAUCAUUACUCGGUCAGAUAAAAAGAACGGAAUAAGAGGUAGAAAUGACAAGUUGAUUUUAGGUUGUGAUAAAGGUGGAAAGUAUGACUCUUCAGAAAGUUCCACGACAACUGCAUCGAAAAAAUGUAACUGUCCAUUUAAAAUUAGAGCUGCACCUUCAACAGAUGGUUCAGGAUGGAAAGUUCAGGUUAUUCAUGGAGUUCACAACCACGGGCUACCUGACCAAUAUCAUGGUCAUCCUCGCAAGGCACGUUUAACCGCCGAUGAAAACAAACGUGUUCAAGAUUUGACAAAGCGUAAAGUAGCACCAAGACACAUUGUUUUAGAUUUGAAAGAUCAAAAUCCAGAGUCUGUUGUUGAUGCCUCACUUGUAUAUAGGAAAAGACACAUGAUGCAAAUACAGGAAAGAGGCUCCAGAACAGUGCUGCAACACUUGCUGCAGUUGAUAGAUGAUGGAAAAUAUGUCAGCUGGAAUAGAAGAAAAGAUGAUGGCUCCGAUGUUUUGAGUGAUAUUUUUUGGGCGCAUCCAGAUUCAAUCAAGUUGUUGAACUUGUUUCCCAUUGUUUUGGUUAUGGACUGCACAUACAAAACUAAUAAAUAUAGACAGCCACUGCUUGAAAUUGCUGGCAUAACGUCAACUAACAUGACAUUUGCUGUUGGAUUUGCUUACAUGGAAUCUGAGAAGACUGACAAUUAUCAUUGGGCGUUAGGUAAGUUGAAGCAAUUGAUUACUAAGCAAGAUAUAUUUCCUAGAGUAAUUUUGACUGAUAGGGAGUUUGCUUUGAUGAAUGCAAUUAAAGAUAUAUUUCCACAUACUACUAAUAUGCUUUGUACGUGGCACAUAAUCAAAAAAGUGAAUGGGAGAUGCACCGUGCAUAUACCUAAGGAUAUGCGACAGAAGGUGAAAAAUUUGUGGAGAGAUGUUGUUGAAAGUCCGAAUGAGGUGGAGUAUCAGCAGCGGUUGAAUGCGUUUCAGCAAGCAUGUGUUAAUUCAAGCAAUUUUGUCGAAUAUGUCAAUAACACCUGGUUGGCCCCUCACAAAGAACAAUUUAUUGAAGCAUGGACCAAUCGAGUGAUGCAUUUAGGAAACACAACGACUAAUAGAGUUGAGUCUGCACAUUGGAGACUGAAGCAAAUGUUGGAACACAGCAAAGGAGACUUAUGCAAGUGUUUGGAAGGCAUGAAUGACAACAUAAUACUAGAAGUUGACAAAAUUAAGAAGUCUUUUCAAAAGAGUUUUUACUAUGCAGAAAAGACACACAGCAAUCCAUUUUUUCAAUAUUUGAGAAACUUUGUCUCCAGGGCAGCUAUGACACUAAUUUCUGAUGAGAUGAAGAGAAUUGACAUUGUUGGAACAGAUAAGAACUUGUGUGGUUGCAAACUUAGGUCAACAUGUGAGUUACCUUGUGCUUGUGAAUUGAGUGGAUAUACAACCAGCGGUGUACCGAUACCAUUAGAUUCAGUUCACGGUCACUGGAAGAAAUUAACUAUGGAAGAACCAUUGGAGGAUGACACAGAGGAUGGAUAUGAGUUGGACAUGAGUAAUGCAAUGGAGGCAAUAUGGACUCGAUUUCGGUCACUUGAUAUUGUUGGUAAAAGAGCGUUAAAGAGUAAAAUGUUUGAACUUGCUUAUCCAGCCUCAAGUUCAUUGUGUCCACCACCUGAAAAAAUAAAAACCAGAGGAGGAGUGAAGAACAAAGAUAAAGGCAAAUCACCAAAGGGUUAUGAUGUGUACCGUGAUCCAUCAUACUUUGAACAAGUUGAAAGAGAAUAUGUUGAUUCACAAGGUGACUAA